ACACAAGCUUCAGUUGUACUUAAAUUUAAUGCUUAUUUGAUUCAUGUCAAAUCAAAAGGGUAUUCUAAGGUGUCUUAUUAUUUUGAUUUUGUAGGUUUCUUGAGCACAGGAGAUCAGGCUGCAAAAGGAAACUAUGGACUCCUUGAUCUCAUACAGGCUUUAAGAUGGACUAGUGAGAACAUUGGAUUCUUUGGUGGUGACCCCUUAAGAAUCACUGUUUUUGGAUCUGGCGCUGGGGGUUCAUGUGUCAAUCUGCUGACUUUAUCCCAUUAUUCUGAAGGUAACCGUUGGAGCAAUUCAACCAAAGGACUUUUUCAACGAGCAAUAGCUCAAAGUGGAACAGCCCUUUCCAGCUGGGCUGUUAGUUUCCAACCUGCAAAAUAUGCUAGAAUGUUGGCCACAAAAGUUGGUUGCAAUGUUUCAGAUACAGUAGAAUUAGUGGAAUGCCUGCAGAAGAAGCCUUACAAAGAACUUGUUGACCAAGAUAUUCAACCAGCACGAUACCACAUAGCCUUUGGACCUGUGAUUGAUGGUGAUGUAAUACCAGAUGACCCUCAGAUAUUGAUGGAGCAAGGAGAGUUUCUCAACUACGAUAUAAUGUUAGGAGUUAACCAAGGAGAGGGAUUAAAAUUUGUUGAAAAUAUAGUAGAUAGUGAUGACGGUAUAUCAGCUAGUGAUUUUGACUUUGCUGUUUCCAAUUUUGUUGAUAAUUUAUAUGGAUAUCCGGAAGGCAAAGAUGUUUUGAGAGAAACCAUUAAAUUCAUGUAUACUGACUGGGCUGAUCGUCAUAACCCUGAAACCAGAAGAAAAACAUUACUGGCCUUGUUUACGGACCAUCAGUGGGUGGCACCAGCUGUCGCUACAGCAGAUCUCCACUCAAACUUUGGUUCACCUACAUAUUUCUAUGCCUUUUACCAUCAUUGCCAAACAGAUCAGGUUCCAGCUUGGGCUGAUGCAGCUCAUGGAGAUGAGGUUCCCUAUGUACUAGGAAUCCCCAUGAUUGGACCUACAGAGUUAUUUCCUUGCAAUUUCUCCAAAAAUGAUGUGAUGCUGAGUGCAGUUGUUAUGACAUACUGGACAAAUUUUGCUAAAACUGGUGACCCAAAUCAACCAGUCCCUCAAGACACAAAAUUCAUCCAUACCAAACCCAACCGUUUUGAGGAAGUAGCAUGGACCAGAUAUUCCCAGAAAGAUCAACUUUAUCUCCAUAUUGGAUUGAAACCAAGAGUUAAAGAACAUUAUAGAGCUAAUAAGGUGAACCUCUGGUUGGAGCUGGUACCUCAUCUGCAUAAUCUCAAUGACAUUUCUCAGUAUACCUCUACAACAACUAAAGUGCCAUCGACUGACAUCACUUUCAGACCUACGAGAAAAAAUUCUGUACCUGUCACAUCAGCCUUUCCCACUGCCAAGCAGGAUGACCCCAAACAACAACCUAGUCCAUUUUCAGUGGAUCAAAGGGACUACUCAACAGAGCUGAGCGUCACUAUAGCAGUUGGGGCGUCACUGCUGUUUCUGAACAUCUUGGCAUUUGCAGCCCUGUACUACAAAAAAGAUAAGAGGAGACAUGAUGUUCAUAGGAGAUGCAGCCCUCAGCGCACUACAACCAACGAUCUGACCCACGCACAAGAAGAGGAGAUCAUGUCCCUCCAAAUGAAGCACACUGAUUUGGAUCAUGAAUGUGAGUCCAUCCAUCCACAUGAGGUGGUUCUUCGGACCGCCUGCCCCCCAGAUUACACACUAGCUAUGAGGAGGUCACCUGAUGAUGUUCCCUUAAUGACACCCAACACCAUUACAAUGAUUCCCAACACUAUACCAGGGAUUCAGCCCUUACACACAUUCAAUACAUUUACCGGAGGACAGAACAAUACGCUGCCCCACCCCCAUCCCCACCCCCAUUCACACUCAACAACCAGGGUAUAGCCAGAUGAGAGAAACAAACUCUAUUUUUUUGAUGGAUUGCAGUAAAAGAUUACUGAAGAUUCCUUGGCUUUCAACCUACAAAACGCUUACUAUUUAAAUAAGGAGGAAUAUUAUGUGAGUAUACAUAUCAAGAACUUUGGGGGUUUUGAAAAAAAUGAAUUGUAUAUAUAUAUACACAAAUCAACUUUAAAAAUGAAUCUCAAUUGCUUGAAGCAAUUGUUCUGAAUGAUACUUUUUCAUUCACAUUCAAGAAUUAAUUUUUUGAAGAUUUAUGUUACAUAAUGGAAUUAGGCAUGUGGAACACCAAACAGGAAAGAACUGUGUCUGAAAUAUAAAAAAAUAAAAAUUAAAAAAAACAACCAUGAAUAUGCACAAGGGACACACCAAUGGAAUGUCAGAUAAUUUUCACCAGUUUUUAUUUGGAGCCGUUUUAUUGUGUAGACCAUAUUUACAUAUUUGGAUAAAUCCACAAAGCACCAAUGCUGUUAAUGGCCUUAGCGGAGGCUCAUGCUGAAAUUUGCCAGUAAAACAGAGAAGUUUAAAGACUGGCAGGUACAACACUAUCACAUAAGUGCUGUCAUAGUAAUAAAGUUGUGGGGGUAAAGGAAACUGGAUAUUUUUAGCACGAUGUGCAUGAUAAUUUAUAUGCUUGGUGGCUGUGCUGCUGAUUAAGCCGUAAUUAAAAUUCUUCUCAUCCCAUUGGAGUUUUUAAUAGAAGCUUCCUCCAUCAAUUGGCAGAACCUAAAGAAGAUUUUAAGGGGCAAAAGUAAAUACAAUUAAAUAAUUCACAGUAGUUUUGAUAAUAGAAGGAAUUAGCUAUUAAAGGUAUUUGAAGAAACCAUAAGUAUAGUGGUGAACACUCGCUGAUAUGAAUCCCAGAACAAACAAGUUCCUGUGUUUUUAAUGUUCUUUUCAUUCCCAUCUAAAUAAUUUAUAAAAAAAUAUAACCCUAAUUGGACAUGUGUUACCGGAUCCAUAAUUUGCUGUGGUUUUUGUUACUCUGUAUUUUGUUCCUUUUGGUAAGGUGAAGUGUGUCCAAAGAGUUACUUGCAACAGUCUUUUAUGAUAUGAGGAUGCCCCAAAUUACCACUCUGGUUAUAGUUCUCAGUUAAUUGAUUUACUCAUGUUGCAUGACAAAAUGUUUACUAAUAAUAAUUCAGUAUAAAGUUAUGUCCCUUCUCACAUCACUUAUCUUUCUGACUGAGGUUCAUUCACUGGAAUUACUCGUGCAAUCUCAGUAGAGUACAACGUAGAUACAGAACCUAGAAGGAGAGUCAACACCGGAAGGAUUUUAGUCUUACACGUAUGUGUGAUUUUAAAUGAAUAUUCUAAGACCACAGGAAACUCUUCAUCCCCUGUUGUUUACCAGUAACAGUAUAUCACAGACCUUUCCAAAUGUUUGUAUAUGUAAUCAGAUGUACAUUUAUAUUAAAAAAAUGAGAUGGACUUAAAGAGCACAUCCUGAUAAAUACUUUCUCUCUUACCUGUACUAUAUUUCUAUUAGACUAAAGUUAUGUGAUUUUUUUUUACAUUUUUUCAGAUGACUAGCAAUUUUGAUAGUUUGUAAGAUAAUGCAAAGAACUUUCUCUGACAAACUAACUGCAGUAACAGAAACCUUUCUUUUCAGUUACUCUUUUUCAAGAAUGAAAGCUUAUUAUACAAAAAAAAUUGUAUACUACUUGAUGGAAACAACUUUGUACAUCUUGGCCAUGUCACUGGUCAUUGCGUGAAAUAAAGAUAAACUGGAUAAUGACUAUUAGUCCAAUGAUAAGAGACAUGAUCUUUGCUCAUUAAAGAGCUAAAAUGUUUAUUGCUGUUUUGUCUUUUUUUAAAAAAAAAGAAACAUGACUGUCUCAGAGUCAUUUUUCUAGACCUAUCGAAUUUUUGAAGACAUACAGAUAACUUCUUCAGAAAACACACUACGGAUUUAUAGGCAAGUCUCAUCUAAGAUGAAACUGAUGAAACAUUAACAUUAUGAAUUUAUAAGCCCAGGAACUCGUGAAAAAAUCAUCUCAGUAUUUUUAAAUACCUCUAUGUGAAAGUGUUAUAGAAGUAAAAUGUGCCAAUUUUUUUUUUUUUUUUUUUUUUUAGAAUCACAGGUUCCAAUUCUGAUCAUCUAGGAAACGGUCUAUUGGAAAUAAAUGUGUGAUGUUUCAUGAAAUGAGAAUAGCUAGGUUCAUAACAUAAGGGUGAUUGAACUAUCAUAAUGUAAUGGAUAGAAAGUUAUCCUUCUGAGAGAAUUUAAAAGUGCUGAGUAAGACACUAAGCUGACACUAAACGAUAAAAUCUUCUAUUUCAAGGAACUUCUUUGCUUAAAAUUCCCUCCCCUAAUUAUUAACUGUCAGUAAAAUGUAGAUAUUGCUCCAUAACUUCAAAUAAAAAUUUCUGUUAUAAGCAAAAAUUCUUCAAAAUCCAGAGUGGUCUACAUGCAGUUUUGCCUGGUGUGGCUAUGCUUUUAGACUGUGCACUGCGAAUGUAAACCAAUAAAAACGAUUGUUUAGCAUUUGAAAUAUUGUUGAAUCAGAAAACUGUCUUUUACUCUAAUGAUUAAAUAAGAUAUAAAAACAGAAACGGAAAUAUAACAAAAUAAACUAUGAAUGGAA